ACCUAAAGGAAGGGCUUAUCUGCUCCGACCCCAGCUGGGUGUUUCUGCCUAUGAUGCAAGGCUAACCCGUGACUUACGUCGUGUAUUUUUUCCGAAGAAAGACGCAUUCGCACCUAGAGGGGGUUUGGUGUCCAGCGUUUUGACCCAAGGAAAUUCAUCUAGGGGUUGGCCGUUCACCUCUUCUCCUGCUGCGCCUUUCCAGUAAAGGAAGGAUCUGAAAGACGUACAGAGAUCGCGGGUCGAGAACCAAGUGUAUGUAACUAUGGAAAAUAAAGCAAAUAAUCCUGUACCCAUAGCAGUAGCUCCUGGAUACCCUGGACCACAGCCACAGUAUGGAUAUCCUCAAUAUGCUCCUGGAAUGGCUCCUUACCCUGCUCCACAAGGUUUCCCUGGUGCUCCAGCACAGCCUCCGUAUGCAUUUCCAACAGCUUAUGGAGCACCAACCACUUAUGGCCAACCUGUUCCCCACACUGUUUGGAUGCCAGAACCACCUUCUAUUCCAAAUUGCCCUCCUGGAUUAGAAUAUUUAAGUCAGAUUGAUCAGAUAUUAAUCCAUCAGCAAAUUGAACUUCUGGAAAUUAUUACUGGCUUUGAGACUGCCAACAAAUAUGAAAUUAAAAAUGCUAUGGGGCAAAGGGUGUAUUUUGCAGCCGAGGAAAAUGACUGUUGCACUUUGAACUGCUGUGGACCAUCACGACCAUUUACGAUGAAAGUCAUGGACAAUAUGGGCCGGGAAGUCAUAAAUCUCAUGCGACCUCUGAGAUGCUCCAGUUGCUGCUGUCCUUGCUGUUUACAGGAGAUUGAAGUUCAUGCUCCCCUAGGCACUCCAGUUGGAUAUGUUAAACAGACCUGGGAUCCUUGUUUGCCAAAAUUUGUAAUCCAGAAUGAAGCACGGGAAGAUGUACUCAAAAUUGUUGGGCCCUGUGUAGUCUGCAGCUGUUGUUCAGAUAUUGAUUUUGAGGUAUUAUCUUUAGAUGGGAACAACGUUGGAAAAAUUUCCAAGCAGUGGACUGGUUUUGUGAGGGAAGCUUUUACAGAUGCUGACAACUUUGGAAUCCAGUUUCCAAUGGAUCUUGAUGUAAAAAUAAAAGCUGUGAUGCUUGGAGCUUGCUUCCUUAUAGAUUUCAUGUUUUUUGAACACACAGGACAAAAUCGGCAACAACGUGCUGGGGUCUGGUAACAGAGUACAAUCUUCAUUGUAGGAAUUUCUAGUGAAGUAGUUUCACCGUUUUUAUUUUCAGUGGAUGUCUUUUAUAAGACAUUUUCAAUAAACACUCUUUUUCUUUUGGCAUUAUGCUAUGGCUUUUACAUCAGUAGGAUUUCAAACUACUCCUAAAUUAUGAAGACUAUUUUAGAAUAAAUAGUUAUGUAUAGUGACAUUGAAGUGAUUAUACAUAUUUAUAUUAAAAGAUACACACACACACACAUCUUCAACCUUCUUUCAAAUAGUGUUAAUGUGAAACUUUGUACUGUAACUUGAAGUACUAAUCAAAUUUAUAUUUUGUACAUAAUGAAUAUAUAAAGUGAACUUUUAAAAUAAAGUUUUUGUGCUUUGAGUAUAUCUUAAGAUAGUUCAUGUUUUCCAUUACAAUACACAUUGAAUUUGAUAGUGUCUAAGACUGAAUAGAUACGUUUUACCUAUGUGUACAGAAAUAAAAAUCAUGUUCCAGGAAGAAUAUCAUUUUUACAACUGAUUUUGUUUACAUUUUUAUAACUAUUUUGCAAACAGUGUUGGAGCAUGUCUAUAGUACGUAUUGUAAUAAUAUGAAUUUACUUUACUUUUUGAGUGUUCUCUUCAUAAUUUUUUAAAUUUCCUACACUGAUUCUUAUUAUAGGAUUAUGAUACGUUCUAACAUUU